AUGCAGUUAAGAAGUCAAAAACUUUUCGAUCUUGAGGUGCGCGGGGCGGCGGAUUCGGAACGCUCCUACGCAGCGGUCAGUGUGUCGGCGCGCGUCGUCGCCGCUAUGGGCAACCAACACUCGACGUCCCACGCUGGCCUCAAGCCCAAGAAGAAUGUCCACUGGAAGUCCGCAGGUCGACCGGCGGUACCGGGUAAACCAGAUGUGAUUCCAAUACCGUCGGAUGAGGAACCGAACGCUAUAACUCUCCGGUGGAGGCCCUCAGUCCACGAUGGCGGUGCGCCAUUGCGAGGCUACCAGGUCGAAUGCAAUCGCCUCGGCUCCCCCGAUUGGGUUCGCACAUCCCCACCAGUGGUACUGCGCCCCGAGCUCGUGCUGUCAGGUCUUGAACCGCCGCACCGUUACCAAUUCCGAAUAGCCGCUAUAAACGCAGUCGGCCGUUCUGAAUACAGCGAACUCUCAGAUGUAUUAACCGUUAACUCUGAUCGAAUUCAAAACGAACCACCCCUCUUCCUCCAGCACUUAGAGGACGUCAUAGCUUUAGAAAACGACAAGACGGAAUUUCGAGUUUCGUUCUCCGGCAUUCCCAUACCAACGAUAGCUUGGUUCAAAGAUGAUUACGAAAUAUUUAGUAGUAGACGGACAGCGAUAUCCAGCACGGAAUCAACUAGUGUCCUCAUAUUUCAUCAGACUCUUUCCAGCGAUGAAGGUGAAGUUAAAUGUACAGCUACAAACCGUUUAGGGCACGCAGUGACCAAGGCGCGCUUAACCUUAGAAGCGGCGCCGAAAUUGCGAUAUCCAAGACAAUAUGAAGACGGUCUACUCUACGAAAUUAAUGAAACGGUUUACCUAAAGACUUCUAUUGUAGGCAAGCCAACCCCCAGUAUAGAAUGGCGUCAUGAUGGUCAACCGAUUGUGUCUGACAGUCGCAUCGAAAUAACCAACACAUCAAAGUUUUCCAUGUUGAAAAUACAUUCAGCGAAACGUAGUGAUCGCGGUGAAUACCAAGUGCAUGCAAGGAACAGCAUCGGUGAUGAUACAGCUGCGUUCCUCGUUACGAUUACCGCGCCACCCGAUCCCCCCCAGCGAGUGACUGUCACUCGACAAGUAGAUAAAUCAGUGUCCUUAGACUGGGAGGCCCCUGAAGAUGACGGCGGUUGUAGAAUCGGUAACUACGUAGUUGAAUACUACAGAACCGGUUGGAACGUGUGGUUGAAAGCCACAACCAGCAGAAAGACUAAUGUUACGCUUUUCGAUUUAAUUGAAGGCAGUGAAUACAGAUUUCGGGUGAAAGCUGAAAGUCCAUAUGGUAUGAGCGCACCGAGUGUCGAAUCGGCGCCUAUAAAAAUACCAGGCAGGCCGGUCGAUAUGGAGUUCUUGGCUGUGGAGUCGAAGAUAAUAAACGAAGUACUUAUGAAAGAAGAUGGUGAAGAACCGCCCGUGUCGCCAGCGCCGCGAAGAAAGCGCGGUCUCGUUCGUUCCUCGUCUAUCGUAAAAUCAGAAGCAGGGCCACCUUCUGUAUCGCCUGUACCACGUCGACGGCCCCGAGGUCCUACUCGUGAUCCAUCAGAAAGCAAUGAAUUUAUGCUGGUCCUGUACCCGAAUACUGAUAAAUCAGCGGCUAAAGCUGAAAAAAGAAAAUCAUUUCAACUCGACCUCGAAGAUGCUAUAUCUCCACCACCUAUUUCUUUGUCAGCUCCCGAGCUGAGUUCCCGUUGCGUCAUGCCGUUUAAAGCUCUUCGAAAUGCAGUGAGCUCUACAGAACUGUUACACGAACAAGCUAUGGCUCGUUUUUACAAAGCCGUAGCCUUAAAAGAAGAACAAAGUAAACAAAAAGACAGUAAAGAAAGAAGUCAAAACGGAAGGCAAAACACAACAUCUCGCGACUUAAACGAUGCGAACAAUAUCGUUUAUGAACCACCAAUAAAGCAACUUCCGGAAGUUAAACUAAAAACGCCAGAUAUAUACAUUAAAACUGAUUCAAUAGAAAAUAAACACUAUAGGUAUGAGUCAGAAGACAGACAAGAUUUACAAGAAAACGAUAAAUGGCAACAAAUGUCUUUCGACGAAGACUAUACUGCUAGCACUGUUUCAACGGGUGAAGAGUAUUCAGACGAAGAGGCAGAAAGUUUGAAUGAGGACGUAGACCGACAAAGUCAAUAUUCAAAUGACGAAGAAACAUACAAUCCUAGAAACAAAGUUGCUCAUCAACUUUCAGUAGAACGGUCUGUAGAACAAAUUGAAGAAGACCCAGAUAUGGAAUUCAUUAAGCCAUUACCUUUACCAGAUCCUAAUUUUGUCCCUAAACCUAUUCUCAAACGACGAGAUGCUGACAUUUUACCACAAGUAGAUAAAUCUGAACCUGAAGAAAAAAAUCUAGGCAAGCCGAAGAAAGAAGAAAAAAUGAAACUUUUGAAAAAGUUUACAAAGAUGCCAGUUCAAAAACCAUUUGGUUUACCUAAGAUAUUAAGUAAAAAAGAGCCGAAGAAAGUCAAACAAAAUUCAAAUAAUAUAAAAGAUGUGCCUACAACGCCCAGUAAAAUAGACAAAAUUGAUGAUAAAUUUGACGACGAAGGUAAAACUGUAAUUGAUUAUUAUGGGAAUAUCGUGAAAGAAUUUGGAAGCCAUAGGAGACCGCAUACUCCGCUAUUACUUAAUACCGAAGAGUUAAAACAAGAAGCUGAAAAACAAGAAAUCAACGAUACUAAACUGACUGAUGACAUUAAGCCUAAACAAACUCGUCUCAUAACUGGAGAAACCUCUAAUGAAAAUAAAGUUAAUUCUAUUAAUGCAAAAAAGAAAAGUGUUAGUAAUAAAACAUCGACAAAGGUAAAAAAGGAUCAAAAACUUUCCCACCUAAGACCUAAAAAGAAAGAUAAAUUGGAAUCCAUUAAUAAUACAACUCCAAGCUUUACUCCUUCUGAAAAUGAAGUGCAUGUUCAAUGUUUAAAUAAUACCCAAGUUAUUUUAAGGAAAACCGAAAGAGCAACAAUCGUUAUACCAAUAGACUAUCAAAGGCUGGAACAAAAAGCAAAAAGAAAUGUUAGUAAACAAUGUGUUCGGCGUAUAUCAGAAUUCAGAAUUCACCCCAAUGACUGUUCCUAUGUGAAGCAAAGAAAAAUACACGAUCCCAAGGCCUGUGCUGUACGUGACAAAGGCCUUAUACUUGGUGUUUACUACAAUGAAAACGUUCAAGGGGAAGGAGCCAUACUUACAGCGAGUGCACAAAAGUACGACAGUCAAACUAAUGGGAAACUUUGGAAACAACUGAAAUUGACACCGAUACCAAGGUUAGGAGAUUAUAGAGUUUUCUUUGAUUUAGAUCCUGUUUAUGGUUACGUUGCUGUUGCUGGUUUGGGAACUGAAUGUUUAGCAUUUAAUAGAAUUGAGAAAGUCGAUGAAAGUAAAGAAGCUAUCCGAAUAGCAGCAGGGGUAGGUGCGAAUGCCCUUUUAAAAUUCAAGCCAUCUGAACUCCACGUAGAGUCGUUCGGGAACGCUGAAGCCGCGGCAGAGGGCUCGAAUCUGGCCGUUUGGAAAUUUCAAGAGUAUAAAACCCCCAAGCAUCACCAAGUUAUACCUAAAUGUAAAGUGGACUUAUUCGACGACUGCGACGUCUUCGGCUGGAAUAUUGGUAAAUUAAAAGCGGAAUCCCAAAACUUAGCCAGGUACCUCCAAGAAAUGCCACCGAACGUCCUGACACCGACAUCAUUUGCAAAAUUAGCCGUGGACUUGUUAUGUGAAUUAGACAUAAAUGUGGAGGUGAAGACAAAAGGUUGGGCGGCUAGUCACGAAAUGGGAGGGUUUGUGGCUAUAGGCAAAUCAUCCAUUCAACCACCGUUGUAUGUUGAAAUUAGUUACUAUGGCACUGACGAGCAGACUCGUCCGAUAGUAUUAAUUGGUAAAGGUGUGACUUUCGAUAGUGGAAGCUUAGAUUUGAAGCCGAGGAAAGACUUACAAUUCAUGAAGGGCGAUAUGGCUGGAGCGGCGUGCGUGCUAGCCAUAACCAGGGCUGCGGCACUACUAAAAUUACCAGUGAACAUUCGUGGCAUUCUCCCACUAUGUGAAUUAAUGCCUAACGGAAAGAGCCCGAAAUUUGGAGACGUGGUUUACUGCGCUAAUGGAAAGUCAAUUCAUAUUCGCAUGCCGUCCAGGGAAGGUAGACUUUUGGUCGCCGACAGCCUAGUUUACGCUAGGAACUAUUGGCCGAAGUUCAUUAUAGAUAUAGGCACAAUGUCCAAAGAACUGAUUUACACCUUGGGCGGUGCAGCUUGCGGUUGUUAUUCGAACUCAGAGGAGCUAUACAAGUACAUAGAGGCUGCUAGCGGGCAGACAGGGGACAGAGUAUGGCGGAUGCCCCUUUGGAAUUUCUAUGAGGAGCGAGUCAAGGAUUGCGAAGUGGCAGAUGUGGCGAAUACAGCCAGAUACGUUUAUGGAGACUCGCCGAAUUGUGCUGCUUUUCUCAAACAAUUCAUUUGUGACAGCAGCUGGUUACAUUUAGAUACCUUCAAUGUGACGUACACCAAGGGUCGAGAUUUUCCUUACCUGAACCGCGGCAUGACUGGACGUCCGACCCGAACCGUUAUUGAACUCAUGUUUCAAAUGCUGUCUGAUUCUAAGUUAUAA